AUGAAAUCUCGUCCAAGUAUCUCUUUUUUAGUUUUAUUUAUUGCUAUCAUUUUCAGCAUUAUAGUUUCUGUACCACUUAUUGAAGGCAAAACAGUAUGGAUCCAAAACAAAUUGGUCUUCGGUACUAUUGCUCAAGCUGUUGCUUGCAAUAAUGAAAAUUGCGAUCAUGAAUAUGAUAGACAAUGGAGUACUGCUCACGAUAGUUUCAGUUUGGGAAUACCUGAUGAUGCUUCCCAAUUCUGGGUCAUCUUUUCCGCUAAAGGUACAAUUGAAGAUGAGAAAAUACGCGGACCAUUCGAUAAUACUCAAGAUAUCUGUUGGCAUUAUCAUGGUUCCCUUGAUUACUGGAUUGUAUACCCUUGUCCUUAA